AUGUCCACGCCAUACCAUGUUGACAGACUACAUGUAAGAAUUAUUUCAACCCUCUUCCCCUUCUACUACUCAACACUCGGUAAGAGUCCGUCUCAGGAGUUUACAGCUGUCAUUCAAGCGGUCACACUUCUACAGUCCCAACAGCAGCCCAUAUUCAAACUGAUCCAUGCGGUCGCCAAGUCCAAGUUCUGUGCACAGAUUUUAGUGCUAUGGAACUGUGAGAAGCCUCCACCACCCAGAAACAAGUGGCCCUCCAUCCCAACACCCUUCUCUGUCAUUGAGGGCAAAAGAAAGACGAUGAGUGGCCGUUUUUUCCCUCAUCAUGCUAUCAAAACUGAUGCAGUUCUCAGCCUGGACGAGGACUCGGUUCUGUCCACCAAUGAGGUGGAUUUCGCCUUCAUUGUUUGGCAGAGUUUUCCAGAUCGGAUCGUAGGCUACCCAGCACGCAGCCAUUACUGGGACAGUGGGAAGGGGAGGUGGGGUUAUACCUCUAAAUGGACCAAUGAAUACUCCAUGGUGCUCACAGGAGCUGCGUUCUACCACAGGUAUUAUCAUCACCUGUACACAUACUACCUGCCAACAUCUCUGCUGUCAAUGGUGGACCAGUUGGCCAACUGUGAGGACAUCCUCAUGAAUUUCCUCAUCUCUGCAGUAACCAAACUCGCGCCAAUCAAAGUCACACAGAAAAAACAGUACAAGGAGACCAUGAUGCAGCAGGGCUCUAAGGCGUCUCGAUGGGCCGACCCAGACCACUUUGCACAGCGUCAGUCCUGCAUGAACUCUUUCACACGUUGGUUUGGCUUCAUGCCUCUCCUGCACUCUCAGUUGCGUCUGGACCCCGUCCUCUUCAAAGACCAGGUCUCUAUCCUACGCAAGAAAUACAGAGACAUUGAGAGGUUGUGAGGGGCGAAUCCCUCCAACACUCCGCUGAACUCAUCCGAAUGUCUCCAAACAGACCUGCAGUGUUCAGUUCGCCUGGACUCAAAUACAAAAUGUUCCAUCUACAGAAAAAAAUAAUUAUAACAAAAUAUGCAAGACUGAAUGAUUUUAUCUGCAGCUGAUGGUUUCGUGGCAAGCAUUUGCUCAGAAUAGGACUGGCUCCUUGCGUGUUCGAAUUUGUUGUUGUUGUCGGUGUUGUUGUCUGCGAGGGCCGUAGCUGCUGCACAUGUAUGAACAGGAGGCAAAAGAGGCGUGUGAAUUGAUGAAAACAGCUCAACGAGUCACCUAUA